CCGCCGUCUGGAAUUCCUCCAAAUUGCACUCACUCACUGACGAGAACAACACAACCUUCCUCCCAAAAAAAUCAUCACAAUCACCACCGUCCACCAAAAGAAACUCCACCAAAACAAAACAAAUAAUGGACCACUCCCACAUGGACCACGGCAACAUGGGCCACGGCGAUAUGGGCCAUGGUGAUAUGGGCCACGACGCUCCCAUGUGCAACAUGAAUAUGCUCUUCACUUGGGACACGACGAAUCUCUGCAUCGUGUUCCAAGGCUGGAGAAUCACGAAUGCGUGGUCGUUGAUUUAUUCUCUCGUGCUCGUGGCUCUGCUUACGGCGGGUUAUGAAGCGGUUCGAGAAGCAAGUAGGAGAUAUGAUGAGGGACUUGCGUUGAGGUUGCAGAAUAUGCCUCGAAACUCGGUCGCGGCAGAGGAGAAAAAGGGCAAAGUCGUGAAAGCGCUCUUCUACGGUCUUCAAGUGUUUUAUUCCUUCUUCAUCAUGCUGCUGUUCAUGACAUACAAUGGCUGGAUCAUGAUCUCUGUCGGUGUGGGCGCUGUGAUUGGCUAUUUACUGUUUGGAAGCGGGAGUUCGAGCAAGACGGCGGCUUGUCAUUGAAAAAACAAAAAAGAAAAGACUGGCAGGUAAUGUACCUUACCUCAGGUACGCACGCUACAACUUCCGGCCAGCACAACACAAUUUUGUUUUUCGUUCUUCUCUCACGACCUGAAUACGAGACACUUACGAUAUCUCUCCCUUGUUUUUUAUUCUCUAUUUCCUCUUUUUUCUUCUCUUUACAGACCUCUCCAAGAUACCUUGGCGAUGUGAUCUACCCUCUUUCUCGUACCUUUUACAAGACCCAGAUAUCGAAGCUCUGCCAGAGCUCUUUGAAACAACGCCAUCGUGUUCGAUUCGCCGUCAUUGUCGUCGUCGUCGUCCUUCGCAAUGACAGUCUGGAAAGCUUUCCACAAGUCAUGUGCGUUGAUGAGGCUCCCAGAUUCCAAAUACAAUUGAUACAAGAUUGCCGUAGCAGGUUGCGUGCCCGCCAAAGUCGCUGCAUCCUCAUCGUCGCCCGGAUCACAGCACUGACAAUCAAGGUAAUCGUGCGGUGCAGCAAGAGCGCGUUCGACGGCAUGUCGAGGCCGAGGCGUAAAGACUUCGCGAUGCGGUGAUUUGAGAUCGUAGACGAAAAUUUCGUUGAGAACGACUUCUUUCGAGCCUACGAGGCGGUCGGCGAAGAAGGCAUCGAGCAGAUCUGA